UACAUUUAGAAAGAAAAGAGCUUCCAAAUUAAAAGUCCUGAGCCAAGGAAGGCGCUGCAUGUACCGUGACAGCCCGUGCCCGCUGGCCCGGAGGAGCUGAAAACCAACCCCCGCUCCGGGCCCGUGCGGUGACAGCCCGCUGGCACAUCUCCCCGGUGCCGGUACCGCGCCGCUCCCGGACCUGCCGAGUCCGCUGCUCCCGCCCGCCCCUUCCGCGGGCCCCGUUUGGGAGCGGGAGAUCCGGCCGUGCCCGGGGCCCCGGGAGAGCGCAGCGCCCUCCUUUGCGAGCAGCGGCCCGGCGCCGCCCGCGCCAUCUUGGGCUCUCGUCGGGGGCAGCGCUCCCCCUCCCUCCGCAAGAUGGCGGCGGCGGGGUGAGUGACAUGCCCGGUCACGUGGCGCGGAUCGCCCCGCGCUCCCCCCGCGCCGCACGGUCUCUAUGGCUCAGCCGGACACACGGGCGGCGGCGGCGAGGGACGGGCAGGCGGACGGAGCCUCGGCGCCCGCACGGCGCCUCCUUUGUCUGCGGCCUCGGCAAGGCGAGCGCUUUCCCCUCCCCGGCCCUCCGGCGCACUCGCCAGAGGGCUCGGCUUCCUCCUUCCCGCCGGCAGAGGCGACGGGGGCUCCCCGCUGGGGCGGCCGGGGCGGGGAUCCCUCUGCGGCCCGUUCGCUCCGGCCGGCGGCACGGCGCGUCCUGGGGCGAGCGGGGCUGGGUCCGGAACGCCCCGGCCCAUCGCCGCCUCUCCGGGGAGCGGGCGGGCAGGCCCGGCGGGGGUGGCGGGAGGUCAGGGCGGGCUGGCGGCCGCCUCUCCGCCCCGCACCCCGUUCAUCGGCGGGCUGCCCCGGGCCGGCGGGGGGGUGGGGGUGUCUUUCGGCUGUGUUUCUCUCCCCCUCUUCUGCCCCCCCGGCUCCUCGCCUUUCUUCCUUCCCUCCCUGCUUCCCCUCCCCGCCCCAUCUGUUACAGGCUUGCGGAACUGUGGCUGUUUGAAAUUAAACGUGAUCUUUACUGUACCAGCUGGGGUCUGUAAUGUAUCUGAUAAAUGAAGCUCUUCCCGUCGGUUUCAGGUCAUGCAAGGAAAAGGGCAAAUCUGGGGAGGGAGCUGGGCGGGGUUUCCCUUUGCUUUUCACAGUCAGGCGAGAGGAGUCUGGUUGAUGUCUGCAGCAGAUAAAGGAGACAGAAUCAUCAAAAGACCUCCGAACCCUUUUAUCUUUCUUCUGUUUUUCCCUCUAAUUUCAUUUGUCGCUGCUGUGUUGUCUGCCUGCUUGUUUGCCCCUUCAGAAGGGGUCGGGAGCACCAGGGCCCUGGCUGAGGUAGUAGUUUGUGCUGUUGGUCGGGUUGUGACAUUGCCCGCUGUGGAGAUAACUGCGCAAGCUACUGCCUUGCUAGUGCUGGUGAUGAUCAGCUGCAGAUGAAGACAAUGACAAUGGGAAUCCCCUUUGUAUUCCCGGGAUUGCAUGCUGCUGAGGUGGCAACAAUUCCUUCUCCUCCUAGUUCCGCAGGAGGAAUCUACCCUUGGCCACCGAGACAAGUAGUGGGGUUCGACCCCAGCAGUGGGAUGCUCCUUCUUUCGCAGAGCUGGAUGAAAAAUCUCUAGUUUCAUGCUGUUCGGAGGGUACCUGAAUUUGUGCUGAAGAGCAAGUGCCUGCAUUUCUUCUCAUGCUUAGAUCUUAUUAUUCACCUGGCGUCCUUGAAAGAGGUGGAUUUUCUGUUUUGUGAAGAUUGAUAUCAGUGACAGACUUGCAUUUUGUGUGUUCUGAAUAUGCAAAAUUUGUAUGUGUGCUAUUAAGUGCUUUUGUCUGAAUGGUAAAAAAUCUUGAGUAUUUCGCUAACAAAAGCAAAAUAUGUAAUUACCACGUUAUAUAGAUGAGAGAGUCUUUUUACAGUGUAGUUGACCAAUUGUACUGCUUGGUGCUCACAAUUUUAGGUGAACUGAGAUAUAUUUCCUGUAUAUUUUAAGUUAUUGUGAAAAGCAAAGUCAUGAAUUUGCUGUUGUGAAUUAAUUAAAAUUGCUGGUAUAUUUAUAGUGAUGGCUAAGGGUAUCUUUUUGAUACAAAUUUUAAUGUGUUGAUCGCUUAUUACAAUGGCUUAAACUUGUAAUAUAUUAAAACCUUUACAAUAAA